AGCCAAUUUUCCAGAGUCGGAGCGGCCGCGCCGCCCAGGCCGCCGGGCCGCCCAGCCUUUCGCACCCGCUUCCUGCGAUGGCGCGCCUGCCCGCGGCCCUCCGCAUCCUCGCCGUCGCGGCCGCGGCGGCCGGCCUGCCGCCCGAGGCGCCGCCGCCGCCGCGGGCGUGCUGCGCCGCGGAGACGGCGGCCUGCCUGGCCUGCCGGCAGGGCGUGUCGGUCGGCGACCUCUGCGCGGGGCACCCCCACACGGCCGGCUGCUGGCCGGUGCGAGCGUGCUGCUCGGCCCCGACUGCAGGCUGCCUCGCCUGCGAGCGGGGCGUCUCCCCCGAGGAUCGGGGAUACUGCGCGGAGCACCCAGACACUGCCGGCUGCGGGGCGGCACCUGUGGUCCGGGCCACCCUGGCCCGGGGCAGUCUGCGCGCAGGGUCCUACGAGCCAGAAGGUGUUCCUGCCAGCCCGUUGAGCGACGCCUCGCCUCGCAGGCUGUCCCGAGACGCCUGCGGAGAAGAGCUGUUCGAAUACGAGGAAGGCGAGCCGAUCCAGAUGAACUGGAAUCUCGAGCACGUCGGAUGGUCUUUCCUGGUCUCCACUAUCGGGGCCUACGUCGCUCUCACUUCCGCCAUGAUCGAUGUUAAGUCGGUGCGGGGGAGCCACUGGUACUGGGUACUGCUGGCACAGGCGGGCUGCUCGCUCGGUGUCACCAGCGUCUGGUCCAUGCACUUCAUCGGCAUGUACGCCCUGGAACUGAAGAGUCCAGGUAAGCCGAUGGUCGAGAUACAGUUUGAGCCCGUUCUCACUAUCAUAUCUGGGCUUGCCGCGUGGCUGAUCGUUUGCAUCGCUCUCCACCUCAUACUCGGCCAGGAUCACUUCGGCGACAGGCGCACCCUGGAGAAGCGUCUCCAGGGGCUCUCUAGCUGCAGCAAGGCGGGCUGGUUGCUGCGCCGGCUGCCUCUGAAGCGGCUGACGAUGGCAUCGGUGCUGGUGUCCGUGGGCGUGGUGGUGAUGCACUACAUGGGCAUGCUGAGCCAGACUGGCCAUUUCUGGAUGGAGUUCAGCGCCGGGAACAUCUUGGGAAGCAUGGUGGUGGCUGGGGUGGCCUCCUGGAUCGCGCUGCCGAUCUUCGUCAUCAGCUUCGACAGCAUGGUCUUCCGGUUCGGAGCGUCUUUCGGGAUCGGGGUGUUUGUGAACAGCAUGCACUACACUGGCAUGACAGCAGCGACGUAUUACUACUCCAGCAAUCGGGGCGGCGUUUUCGGCGCUGACACGAUGUCCAUCUCCUUGAAAAGCACUGACGUCGUCAUCUUCACGCUCAUCUUGGAUUUGGUCUUGAUGGGGUUUACAGGGUAUUAUGUGGAGCUGGCCCGCGAGCUCGUGAAGAAGGAGGAACGCGAUGUGGAGAGGAAGCUCGCCUUCGAGAGCCACAAGAACAACGUGAAGAGCCUCAUCGCUGAGUCCAGGAUCAUGAGCUACCCCAUGUGCCUAAUGCGCUACGACACUUUUUCGAAGCUUGGCAAGCUGGUGCCGCACGAGCAGCUGCGAGAUACUCACAAGCUCGUCUACCUGAACACUGUGAGGUCUGUGCUACGACUGAAAAGGCGGAAGUACUACAUCAUAUUCUUCUGGAAGAGCAAAACACGGCAUGCGCAUAAAUCUUCGAUGGUCCGCGCAGGUUCCUUGGGUCGGCGCCAGGGGGGUAUCAGCGCAGACCCAAGAAAUCCGAGCAGACCUCCGAAAGUUUACGUUUGUGUGAUUCUUUGUUUUUCUGUUUUCUCUCACCAGUGGCUCUCCCGGAUGCUCCCAGACCCCGCGAACGACCACUACAUUGACAUGAUGUCUGCGCUGCAGGGCCUCGCACAGAUGUUCAAGGUGAGGCUCGAUUCCCUCUACAUUUUUGUCGACUACAGCAGCAUCCCGCAGCAGGGCCAGAGAGUCCAGAAGUUGGCCAUAGACUCGUUGGCCACAUACGUAUCACUCAGCUCGGCCUUCGUCAUCGUCAGUCCCCAGACGGUGCACAGAGACUCAUCGGCGCUCUGCAAUUUCGACACCUAUUCGAAGCGCUUCUGGUGCCGCCUGGAAGUGUUCUGUACGAUCCUUGCCAGCCUGCGAGAGAAGGAGCUCAAGGCGGUUGAGGCUGGCCAGAUUCUGGAGGAAGACGAGGCGCAGCUCGAGGAGUCCGCCAAGGUUGCGGAGGAUGAGACGCAGCAAGUGGCGAGCAAGAUGUCGGAGCUCACCCAGCAGCAGCGCGUGUUCGUCGUGGUCAAGAACUCGCUGCACGCCCUGAAUUUUUUCACGCCCGCUGGGGAACUCCAGCCACGGUACCACGACCUGCUGCGGCUGUUCGAGGGGCAGACCACGUGCUGCGAUCAGGGCCAUCAAGAGGGCGAUGAGCAACUCUGCGACAAGUGCAGGGUGAUAGACAGCCUCACUGGUGCCUAUGGAGCCCUGCUGCAGGACCUCCGCAAGGCCAAGCGCAACCAAUCGCGGGGAAUUGUUAGCCAAGUGCCGUCGGAGACCCUCAGGCUCGUCGAGGAAAUCGUUCGCCAGCGUGCGGACAUCUUCCCCUCGAAGUAUUUCGAGACCCGCAUCGACGCCGUGCACGCUCGCCUCGACCGCGGGCUCGUCACUGGUGGCAGUGGCGAUGGCGACGAGCGCAUGGCCACGGCCAGGGAAGAUGACGAGGACAGGCGGUCGGUAGAUUACACCGACGACUCCUCUGACACCAGCUCGCAUGCCUCCAGUGAGCAGAGCUCGGCUGGUCUGAGCAAUGGUCUGCUCAGGCAGGAGUCGGAGUCGGGACGGGAGUCGGUCAAUGAAGUCUGAUGCGGAUGGUCGCACUGGGCGUCCAGGAUCAUGUAUCAUAUCGCCGAGGAGCUCGCUGGCGCGGUUGGCUGCGAACCGGCUGGGGCGUCGCCACAACGUCCCAGGUGGCAGCGGCGUCGAUUGGCCUUUCGUUGCGAUGGAGGGCAUAUGCACGUGGGUGUUGGCCGCAGAUUCUCUCGACUCAAUUUAAGUUUUCGUUGCGGAGAAGUUCCCCGAUGUGGGCCAGAUCUGCGGCCGGACCCUGACCGCGGUGUUCCCCACGCUUGGCUCUGCUAGCGCCGCCGACGUGUAAUGGCUCAGAAAGCGCACGUGUUGGGUGCUUUCUGGACCCUGUAAUUAUCGUGAUCGCGGCUCUCGCGCCUCAGCCGCUGCAAGGGAGGCUGGUAGGCAGCGCGAGGGGGGCGCCAUACCCAGCGCCGGAGCCCUGGCUGUGCCAGGCUGGGCUGCCCCACGCUGCCGCGCAGGCUCGGAACAUGGGAUCACCUCCCUGGGGCCGCUCGCCCCUGCAAUGGGCCCCCCAGUACCUGUCAUGCGCUGGCGCCCAGCCCGGCGCAUCCACACACACACACACACACACACACACACACUCCACUAAUCUGGCGAUAUCAUGAUCGGCACGCUUGAUUCUGCUAUUAUUUCUGGCUGGGGCAGCAUCGGGCGCCUCUGAGAAAUUCGG